AAGCUGCAGCACCUGCAACAGCCGCUGCAGUGAGCUGCAAAUUGAAAGGAAAGUGUAUUGAAAUGGCACGUUUAUGUGUAGAGAGUGCUAUGCAGAGCACUAUUGCGUUCGACCGCGUGGGCCAUCACCCAGAUGAUAAGUACAAAGAGUAUGUCGACACGCUAAAAGGUCGUCUCAUAACAACUAACAUCUUUGGUACUUUGCAUGCGCAAUUUGGAAACAUGAUUGUCCUUGCUACCGUUAUAAUGUCUGACAAGAAAAAGCUUCAUCAGUUGCUUCCAAGACAGCGAACUCCCAUGAUGAAAAUCUUUUGUAAUUUACUCACGCGGACUAUCAAAACGUUGCGAAAGGUGGGAGAUAAUUCGCCAACCCUUACAACGGACGCCGACAUACUUGAAAACAUCCGAAAGCUUGCGUCUAACAGUUGGCGAAGUUCUAAAUCUGAUUUUCAUGGCCGCAGCUGGAGCGCUCUCACGGAUUAUAGCCUUCGCUAUUGAGUGCAUGGCGCCUUGGCAGCAUUGAAUGGCACUUCUUUAGAGGAUAGGGCUCCUCAAUGCAACAGUCCCUUCUUAUUAGCUCUAACUCUUUUGCUUUUCGAUCUUCGCCGAGUCUCUGGGUCCGCAUACGCUGUCUUUCUUUGCUGCAACGUUAAUUAGGCGGCCGCGUUAUGCAUAUUGUACUUCACCCUUCUCUACUUGCCUUUUAAGGAGAGACUGAGAAAUAAUGGGUCGCUUUGAAGGCGAAGAUAAAGGGUUGGGAACGUAACUACGUGAAAG